CGUGAUGAUGAAGAUGCCAGGUGAUAUUUCUCUGCUUCAAUUCUGAACAUCCAUCCUGUCAUGGGGGGAUGCUAGCGCGUGGGCGGGGCAGACUUCCCUUGCAGUGUCCUGUCGUAGUGCAAUGUGCAUGACGGGGCAGAGCUGAGAGCAGCGCAAAAGGAAAACAUCCGAGACAGUCAUCUUUAUAUUUGGAUCAUGGAUUUAUCAUUCGUCUAUUAUCGCUAAACAUCGGAGAUUGCACCAUUCAAUAACUCGGACAUUUUGUUCCUCUUUAGCAGGAUACCGGGGCCCAUCAAGAGCCGAGGAGAGACAGUAAUUUUCCCUGCUCGGAUCCGUGGCAUUUGAAGAAUUGUAUCGCGCGCAGGAGCUGAGUUUAUAACCGACAUCAUGGCGUGGCCCUGCAUCACCAGGGCGUGCUGUAUGGCCCGCUUCUGGAACCAGUUGGACAAGGGGGACAUUUCUGUUCCAUUGGUUUUCACCAGGUACGAUGUUUCGGAGAUGCAGCAUCUUAAACUGCAGCACCAACAAAAACAGCCGCAUAACCAGGCACAAACGAGCGCAGUCGCCAUAGAAACGCAACCCAUUCACAGCGACCAGGCGGUAGCAGCUCGUGCGAACCCCGGUAUCGCUGCGUCUGGGGAGCGCGCGUGUGGUUCUGUAAUGCGGCAAGACUUUAAGCACUGGAAAGUGCGUCCUGAGCCAUCUUGUAAACCUAAGAAUGAAUAUCACACUCCCGAGAUCCCUUUUAAUAACAAGACACAAUAUCAGAAGGAUUUCCAGCCGUGGCCCAUUCCAAAAAGGAGUGACCAUCCUUGGAUUCCCAGACCCAAUCCAUCCAUCUCCAUCGGCGAUGAUCGCGUCCAGGAUAGGUCCAAACAAGCGGAGGUUGACAUCGGUGUAGAGAAAUGCGAAAUUGCUGACAAAUUGCACGAAAAGGAAAUCCUGGGAGGGAGUAAAAAGAAUCUACCUGCAGAGAAGGAGGGUGAAAAGAAAGUUAACAUCAAAGUGGAGCGAGAAGACGCGGCAGGGGCCAGAGGCAGGGCGGCACUAGAUGCGCUAAACAGGCAGUUAAAACAGGAAGUUACUGGUGGCAGCUCAUACAAGACGGAGUUCAAAGCCCACAGGGAUGUGAAGCCAGUGAAGCUGAUCCGAGCCAAGUCCCAGUACCUUCCCCCUGAUGAGAAGACCAGCCUGGAGACCAGCUAUAGCGCCACCUACAGGGGAGAGCAGGGCAAACAGCAGCCCAACGACAACAAGGCUGUGGACAGGAGGAGGAUACGCAGCCUGUACAAUGAGCCCUACAAAGGGCUACAAGAGACCAAGGUUGAGAGGUCUAACAGUGCUCCCCGAUCCAAACCCAAAAAGGUGGGCACCACGGUAGCUAGUCAGGGCAGCAAACCUGUCAAGAAGGCCAAAGAGCAGAAGCAGUUGGGCAGCACAGCACUGCGGGGCACCAAGAAGACGACCUCUGAGAACCAGCCCACUGAGUCCAGGCCUGCGGUGGGGGACAAGGAGAAAAGUAAAGAGAUGAACAACAAACUGGCUGAGGCAAAAGAGGUUGUGCUAAAACAGUACCACUACAUACAGCUCUGUCAGCCAAUCCGUGAUACAGGCUGGGUGCAGACGCUAAAGCAACACCUGUGGGGCUGUACACUACCCAUUCCAAGAGAGCUUAAUGACGAGGUUCUCCGACCCGGUGAUCAUCAUUCCCAGGGUGCCGUUGGAGGAGAACCAGAACCACUGGAGGAAAGACCCGAACCACGGAGGAGCGGCGGAGUUGUGCACUUUGCCCCAGAUGUAAAGUAUGAGUAGAUCCACUAGAUCUGUACUGUAGGGACAUACUGUACUGUAGGCCUAUGGUAUACAGGGAGGGACUGCUGUCCUGUUCUGUACUGUACAUAUCUAGUAUUUUCAACUCAGUUAUAUUGGGAAAAGAGAAAUACCCCAUUAACAACUCCUCUGCGUGAGGAGGCUAACCAAAAUAGGAUGCACGUAGCGUGUUUGAAACAGCUUUAGGGCAGUGCGGUCAUAGCUGUUUGAGCAAAUGCAAAUGCAAAAGGUGCUGUAAGUUUAAUUUCCGUUUCAUGCUUUUGUUUUAAGAGAAUGUUUUAAUUUGGUAAUGAUGUUAGAAAUGCCAAACCAUAAAGUGCUUAUUGAAAGAAAAAAAAGGACUGUAUAUUGAUCAAUUCAAAGGCAAAUAAAUAUAGAUAACUUGCU